AUGGCAUAUGGCGGUGACAUCGGCCGGGCCUCGCGAGCGUGGCCACAUCGGGAGGGCCUCGAUCUGGCGGAUCCUGAGUUCCUUGAGCGCGAUCCCGUUGAGCUGCUGCUGGGAGCUGACGUCUUCGUGCACAUCGCCUUACCAGAUCUGCGUCGGAGGGGCCCGUCCGAACCUAUCGCACAACAAACCCAAUUAGGUUGGGUAAUCCUCGGCGCCGCGGGCUCUGGCCAGUCCGCGUGCGUCACUUCUAUGCAAUGUUCUCCGAGUGAUGACCUGUCCGCGCUCGUCCGCCGGUUCUGGGAGGAGGAAGAGUCGCCGCACGCGCCCGUGCCACUCUUCCAAGACGACCAGGAAUGCAAGACGCACUUUGUGCAGACUCACUCCCGCGACUUCAGUGGUCGCUAUCAGGUCCGGCUACCUGUGCGACCGGGCAUCCCGGAUCUCUCGGCAACGCGACACACCGCAGCACGAAUGAUCAGUGCAGUGCGGUGCCGCUUCUCUCGAGAUCCUGCACUCCAGUCCAGGUAUUGUGCCUUCAUGCGUGAGUAUCUCGAACUCGGGCAUAUGUCGACCGCGAUCUCCCUCCAGGGGGCAACCCCUGAGCGAGUGUGCUACUUGCCUCAUUACGGCAUGAUGAAGGAUACAGGCGACUGCGCCAAAAUACGGGUCGUCUUCAACGGCUCUUUGCGCACAAACUCCGGAACCUCCUUGAACAAUUGGCUUCGCGCAGGUCCAAACUUGCUUCCUGCAUUGUCGGACGUGCUCACUCGGUGGCGGCAUCACCGCUUCGUACUCGCCACCGACAUUGAAAAAAUGUACCGGCAAAUCUCGGUACACCCGGAGGACCGGGACCUCCAACGGAUCCUGUGGGGCACGGAAGAGGUCACCGAGCAUCAGCUCAACACAGUGACGUACGGACUUGCCUGCGCGCCGUUCUUGGCGAUUCGAGUCCUGCGUCAACUGGCAGACGACGAGGGAGACAGAUUCCCUCUGGCUGACGCAGCUGUGCACGGCGGGCGGCUUUCUGCUACGCAAGUGGUCUGCGAACCAUGA